UAAAUGAGAUAAAUACAAAUAUCAAGGAGUAGUUAGUGUUCGGUGUAUAACUUAGGACUUCAGAGGUGGCGGCCAAAACCCCAUUUCCUUAUUUUGACACGUGUGACCAAACGAGUCAAACCUCCCGCCAAAGUCUUCUCAAUUCUAUAUAAACACCAACUCCUUCUCAACGCCCUCUCAAAACUCAUUCUUUUCUUCUUCUUCUUCUUCUUCUUCUCCGCAAUGGACUCCAAGACAUGGAUCAGAGGGCGAACACUAGGUCAUGGUUCCUUCUCCACCGUUUCUUUAGCUUCGUUCCCGUCUUCCGGCCAUGUUCAGGCGGUGAAGUCGGCGGAAAUCUCAAGCUCUGGAUCAAGUUCUCUGCUUCAUGAACAGAGGAUUCUAUCAAGCCUUGAUUCCUUGAAUAUCAUCGGCUAUUCCGGGUUUGAUAUCACUACUGAGAUCUCAGAUGGCAAGGUCUAUUAUAACCUUUUCAUGGAGUUUGCCGCCGGCGGCUCUCUCUCCGACGAGAUCAAAACCAAAAAAGGUGGAUUUUUUAAUGAAACUUCUAUUAAAAACCAUGUUUUUGGAAUGUUAUCCGGGCUCGUUGAUCUCCACUCUGCCGGAUUUGUUCACUGCGACGUCAAGCCGGAGAACAUCCUCAUCGGUGGUGAUGGCCGGACGAAGCUCGGCGACUUAGGGUGUGCGAAGAAGAGUAAUGAAGAUGAGGGAAAACGGUGUUUGGUUCGGGGAACGCCGAUGUUCAUGGCGCCGGAGGUGGCGAGAGGGGAGGAGCAAGGGCCGGCGGCGGACGUGUGGGCUUUGGGGUGUACUAUGAUUGAGAUGGCCACCGGACGACGGCCAUGGCCGGAGGAGGUUUCUGAUCCGUUGGUGGUUUUGAAUAGGAUUGCGUUCUCCUCCGACUUGCCGGAGAUUCCUGCAUGGCUUUCCGAUGAUGCUAAGGAUUUUUUGAGCAAGUGUUUGGUUAGGGAGUGUGGGAAGAGAUGGAGCGCCGAGGAGCUCAUUCAGCAUCCGUUUGUGAGUUCCGGCGAGGUUCAGGAGAAGAAGAUGAACCCUAAUUGGUUGAGUUCUCCGAUGAGUACUUUGCAUCAUGAGUUUUGGGACUCUGUUUCUGAGGUUGAUGAUGAACAGGAAGAUGUACUGGAGAUUGUGAGAGUUUUGGAGAUGGAGUUUAGUGAUAGCACCGCCGCCGGCGAGCGGGUGGAGGAGCUCGCCGGAAGUAGUGGGGGUUGGAGUUGGGAUGAUGAGGAUUGGAUGUUGGUUAGGAGCACUGGUGGAGAUAUUAGUGAUCAACUUCUUGUUGAUGAUGAUGAUGAUGAUGAUGAUGAUGAUUCAUUGAAUUCAUCUUGUUUUUUUAGGAAUAGGAAUAGUAAUUUAGUUGAUUGUACAGAGGUGAAGCAAUAUUCCAACAUUGUAGAUUGCAGUCUUGAUUAUUCUCAUUUGAUUAAUACAAGUGUUUUUGUGUAUAUGGUUUCUUGA